UGAGAUUAAAGAGAGAAAAAGAGUGAAAGCUCUGUUUAAUCGGGUCUUUGUUCGGCUUUUGUUAUAUAUUUGGCUGUAAUUGAGUGAGUAUUCUGUUUAUCUGCUUGUUCAUAUACUGUUUAUAUGUUCAGAGACUAUUUGUAUACAAAUCAUUGUAUCAACUCGUCUUCAACUCGAUUCAAAUCUGUCUGCGAUAUUGAAUUGCUCAUCCACCCCUCCUCCAGACAAUGUCGGACGCAGACAAAAAAAUCGAGCUCAUCACACAGGGCCUGCAGGAGGUCCUCAACCUUCCGAUCGUGAAGAACGUGGUCGAGGUCGAGAACCGGCCGCUGAAGAUCUACUGGGGCACCGCACCCACCGGCCGUCCCCAUUGCGGCUACUGGGUGCCCAUGACCAAGCUCGCGCACUUCUUGCAGGCAGGUUGUCACGUCAAGGUCCUGCUCGCGGACCUGCACGCGUUCCUGGAUAACAUGAAAGCGCCGCUCGAGCUCGUCAACUACCGCGCAAAGUACUACGAGCGCAUCGUCAAGGCCAUGCUGACCUCCAUCGGCGUGCCGAUCGACAAGCUCGAGUUCGUCGUGGGUUCGUCCUACCAGCUCUCGGAAAAAUACACGAUGGAUAUCUUCAAGAUGUCGUCGAUCGUGUCGAUGAACGACGCCAAGCGCGCGGGCGCAGAGGUCGUCAAGCAGGUCGAGUCGCCGCUGCUCUCGGGCCUGAUCUACCCGCUCAUGCAGGCGCUCGACGAGGCCCAUCUCGACGUCGACGCGCAGUUCGGCGGCGUGGACCAGCGCAAGAUCUUCACGCUCGCAGAGGAGUUUCUGCCCUCGAUUGGAUACAAGAAGCGCGCGCAUCUGAUGAACCCAAUGGUCCCGGGCCUGACGCAGGGCGGCAAGAUGAGCUCGUCCGAUCCAAACUCGAAAAUCGACCUGCUCGACGACGCAAAGGCCGUCAAGAAGAAAAUCGCAUCCGCGUUCUGUGCGCCUGGUGUGGUGGAGGGGAACGGACUGCUGUCGUUUGCAGAGUACGUCUUGUUUCCGAUCUCGCGCAUCGCGACCACGACCGGGCCUGAUGGAUCGGUCGUGUUGACGGAUAAGCCUGCCAGGUUUGAGAUCAAGCGGCCGGAGCAGUACGGCGGUGACGUCGUCUACGGAUCGAUCGAGGAGCUGAAGGAGGCAUAUGCUGCGGAGAAGCUCUCUCCCCAAGACCUCAAGCAGGGCAUCACGGACGCCCUCAACGCCCUGCUCGAACCGAUCCGCACAGAGUUCAACAACGACCCGUCUUUCCAAGAACUCGCGAAACAAGCCUACCCACCCCCUGUCUCCGUCAAGAAGGAGAAGAAGAAGGAGAAGGUGCUGGGAUCAAAGUACUUGGAAGCCAUGGAGGCCAAGAAGAAGCGAGAGGCCGAGAAGGCUGCGAAUGAGGUUGCGGAGAAGGUGGAGGGUGUGGAGAUUAAAGAGUAGUGGUUAAGAUGAUAAAUAGCAAUAAUAGUAGAAAUAACAAAUAUUGAAUAGAACAAGUAAUAAAAAUACAAAUAAUCUCCUCGGUCUUAAGCAAGAAUAAACUCCCAACCUCG